AUGGCUUCUCCAAGCCCUAAUACCUCCAGGCCAGGAACGGCACGCAAGCGAUCGGAAAGUGUGACGGCAACACGGCCAGCUCCGACAGAAUCCACCGACGACCGUCCCGGUAGCAGAGAUCGCUCGCAGUCAGUCACACAAGAAGAGGGACAGCGACGACCGGUGAGCACGGACUUUGAUGGCACGGAUCGCGUUUUCCCCAUUCGAUCAGUGGUCUCUGUUGAUCCCCGGGCAGCCCAGGGGAGUGCAACCUAUGGACGGGGAGCGACCUCGCCAGUCCAGGACGGUGCUCGCCAGUACCCGAUAGUGAACGAAAACACGGGGUACAACUCGCAGAUACAAUCACCACCGGCUUCAAAUUUGGAUAUCCCAUACCUCCCAUUUAGUAUCUCGGCGGAUCAAAGUCGCGCCCGGUCGGUGGUCUCCGAAGCAAGAACCGAGUUGGCCACCCAUUCGAUGGCUUCGCGAGUCGCCCGACACCCAGAACUUUAUGCGAAAGUGAAGAGCAGUAGUCAAUCCGCGAGCAGCGCCACCCCUGAUGUAUCCUCACAAGGCGCGCCCGACCACACCGCGUCGCAGGGCCAUUUCACAUCCCGAUUCAAGCAUGUGAUGACGGAGAACGGUCAUGCUGUGAUUACGGGCCGGAAAGGGGAAGCCUUCCAGUAUUGCGAGGAUGAGCCUAUUCGCAUUCCGGGUGCCGUGCAAAGCUUCGGGGCGAUGAUUGCUUUGCGACAGGAAUCGCCGGACGAUCUUGUGGUGCGAAUCGUCAGUGAGAACUCCGAACAAUACCUCGGAUACUCACCCAAGCAGCUUUUCGAGUUGACCAGCUUCUGCGACAUCUUGCGAGAUGACCAAGCCGAUUCUUUCCUCGACCAUAUCGACUUUGUUCGUGAUGACGCACACGAUCCCAGUGUUGAUGGCCCAGAAGUUUUUUCCCUGGCUAUCCCAACGCCCCAAGGUGACGACCGCAAGUUUUGGUGUGCAGCUCAUGUGAGUCAAGCGCAGAAGGACUUGAUCAUCUGCGAACUGGAGCUUGAAAAUGACGAAAUCAACCCCUUGAACCCUGGCUCUCACGAACCCCCGUCGACUCCUACGGCAACCCUGGGGUCCUUCCCCACCCCAGAGGAAUUCGCCGGUAGUAUUACGAACGUCAGUCAGCCGCUGCGUGUGAUGCGAAGUGCUCGACGUCGGAGAGGAGAUGCCGCGGCCAUGGAAGUCUUCAGCAUGUUGUCUCAGAUCCAAGAACAACUUGGACGGGCUCAGGACCUCGACACCCUUUUAAAUACGACCGUCGGGUUGGUCAAGGACUUGACCGGAUUCCAUCGCGUCAUGGUAUAUCAGUUUGAUAGCAGCUGGAAUGGCUUGGUGGUGGCGGAAUUGAUUGAUCCUAAAGUCAGCAUCGAUCUAUACAAAGGUCUUCACUUUCCUGCAUCCGACAUUCCAGCACAGGCACGUGAGCUUUAUAAGGUCAACAAAGUACGACUCUUGUACGACCGUGACCAGGUCACAUCUCGACUUGUGUGUCGGACGAUCGAAGAUCUUGACACGCCUCUCGACAUGACUCACUCAUACUUGCGGGCAAUGUCACCCAUCCACCUCAAAUAUCUUGCCCACAUGCAGGUUCGAUCCUCAAUGUCCAUCAGCAUUAACGCCUUCAAUGAUCUGUGGGGACUUGUUGCAUGUCAUUCCUAUGGAAGCACCGGCAUGCGUGUAUCAUUUCCUGUGCGGAAGAUGUGUCGGCUGCUCGGUGACACCGUCUCCCGGAAUAUUGAGCGGCUGUCCUACGCUUCCCGUCUACAAGCACGCAAAUUGAUCAACACAGUCCCGACAGAGGCCAACCCAUCUGGCUACAUCAUCGCAUCUUCAGACGAUCUCUUGCAACUUUUCGACGCCGACUACGGAGCUCUCUCCAUCCGGGAUGAGACUAAAAUCUUGGGUGACAAUACUCACUCACAAGAAGUGCUUGCCCUGCUGGAAUUUCUUCGUAUGCGUCAGCUCAGUACUGUACUUGCAUCACACGACAUUCUCAAGGACUUCCCUGAACUGCAAUAUGGCCCAGGCCUCAAAGCGAUAUCGGGGCUACUGUACGUGCCUCUGUCGAGCGGCGGCAGUGACUUCAUCUGUUUCUUCCGGAAAGGCCAGCUGACAGAAAUCAAAUGGGCCGGCAACCCAUACGACGUUGCCAAACGUAAGAAAACUGCAGGCUUCCUCGAGCCUCGAAGCAGUUUCAUAGCGUGGAGUGAAACUGUCCUCAGUCAAUCCCGUGAAUGGUCUGAAACCGAUGUCGAGACUGCGGCAGUCCUUUGCCUGGUAUAUGGUAAAUUUAUCAAAGUGUGGCGCCAAAAGGAGGCUGCAAUGCAAAACUCCCAAUUAACUAAACUCCUGUUGGCCAAUUCCGCCCAUGAGGUUCGGACUCCCCUCAACGCGAUCAUCAAUUAUCUGGAAAUUGCACUCGAAGGUGCCCUCGAUUCAGAGACCCGCGAUAGCUUGACAAAGUCACACUCUGCUUCCAAAUCUCUCAUAUACGUCAUCAACGACCUCUUGGAUCUCACGAAUACGGAAAGGGGCCAGGAAUUGAUCAAGGACGAAACCUUCGACCUCCAGUCUACAUUUGUGGAAGCAACCGAUAUGCUUGCUGCAGAAGCCAAGCGCAAAAAUAUCUCCUACUUGGUCUCCAUCAAGCCCGGUGUGCCUCGGGAAGUGCUUGGCGAUCAGCGCCGCGUUCGACAGGUCUUCUCAAAUCUGGUCUCAAAUGCUAUACAGCAAACUAGUUCUGGGGCGGUCACCGUGGAAAUGUGGAGAUCCCCAAGUCAAGACCUGCCAGAUCACGCGGCCGUUGAAAUGAUGGUCUUGGACACCGGUGCCGGCAUGUCCAAGGCUAAGCUGGAGGCGCUUUUCCACGAGCUCGAGCAAGUUUCCACCGACGAGACCAAUUACGAUGAAGACGAUACGGUGACAUCCGAGCAGAAACCGGAGACGCGGCGUGCCCUGGGUCUUGGACUCGCACUGGUUGCACGGAUUGUUCACAAUAUGCAGGGUCAGUUGGGAGUCAAGUCCGAGGAGGGCAAGGGUAGCCGUUUCAAGAUUCUUCUGCAAUUCAAGUUGCCCGAGGGUGUGUCAACUGAAAUGCCAUCCGAUGCCACCACUCCCAGUUCAGCGUCCGUGCCACCUACACCUAUGAUUUCUGACCGUGAAUUUACCCUCGUUGGUGGAAUCGCUGAACGUCGAGAAGGCCGACGACUCAGCUUGGACAGCAUGCGCAGUGGAGGCAGCUCGCGCAGUGGCCGAAGUCAUGCAGACCGUCUCAUUAGCGCAAUUCAGGAGCCCACUAUGGUUCAGCGGGCCUUCAGCGAUUCCUCCGACGCCCGCCAACCAAGGACAGCUUCGAGCCCGUCGAUGAGCACCAGUCACUUCUCGGCACCCUUAACUUCUCCUCGGCCCCACACAAGCAGCCUGAGAGGCCAUGACCAUUUGGCGAGCCUCUCAACGGUUACUCACACACCACCUGUUGUCUUGCAACCUUUUAAAACGCCUUCCGCACCAGGCACCGAAAACAUCACGGAUUCUGGUGUGCCGCUCGGAGCAAUCAGAAUGGACAAGCAUGAGCUUCAAAAAAGGGCCGCUCAGCAAGCAGAAGACCAUUCUUAUUUCCCUCCAAUGACAGGCAUCGCACCUGAACCCUCCACGUCAGCUUCGGUAUCAGCAACCGCUCCCUCUACGAUGCCCACCACGGUGCCUCCCGUCUCCCCACCGCUACUCAGUGUUCUCGUCGCCGAGGACGAUCCUGUCAACAGUAAGAUUAUCCACAAACGCUUGACUAAACUUGGUCAUACGGUGGUUCUUACUGGUAACGGUGAUGCUUGCGCAAAUGCCUUUACCUCCGCAACUGAGCAGUUUGACGUGGUCCUCAUGGAUAUUCAAAUGCCCAUCGCCGACGGAAUGGUGGCAACCCGAAUGAUCCGUGAAUUCGAAGCCAUCACACCAGAUGGCAAGUCAGGGACUGUUUUGAAGCACGACAGAAUUCCAAUCUUUGCUGUUUCGGCGUCACUACUCGAGUCAGAGAAGCAAAACUACAUCGACACGGGCUUUGACGGCUGGGUUAUGAAGCCAAUCAACUUUGCAAGGCUUAAUGUGCUUCUGACGGGAAUUUACAAUCUUGACGCCAGGGCCGAAGCCACCUACAAUCCGGGUCAAUGGGAGAAUGGCGGCUGGUUUGGGUCUCCAUCCUAG